AUGCUCCGUUAAAAAGACGCAACGAGCAAGAGAGACAGCCGGGCCAGGGGAGCACUCUCUUCUUUCCUUUCCUCACAACACACACGUCAGACAAACAUGUUCCUGCGCCUGGGUAUCUUCCUGCACCUGCUGUACCUUUCCUCCUGCACGUUAUCCAGAGCUGACAAGAAGAAGAAGCCGGAGAGCAAGGUGACGACAGGCCAGGUGGACAGGUCUGUGCAUGACCGUGGCCUGGUGACGGAACAUCCAAAGUGGAAGGACAUAGUGGACAACCAUGCCAGCUACCACCAGUACACCACACACCGGGCCACACAGCGCAUGACCCUGGCCUAUGUGACGCCGUGGAACAACCAUGGCUAUGAUGUGGUGAAGGUGUUUGGAGGGAAAUUCACCCAUGUGUCGCCGGUGUGGCUGCAGCUGAAGUACAGUGCAGGCAACACCAUCAUCACCGGAGACCAUGAUGUGGAUCAGGGCUGGCUGACGGAGGUGAAGAAGGCUGGACAGUCAGCCAAUGUUAAAAUUGUUCCCCGUCUGCUGUUUGAUGGGUGGCAGCCGAGGGACUUCCGGGAGCUGUAUGACACUGAGCCUAAGCGGAAGAGAGUUAUCGGUGAGAUUGUCAACAUGAUCAAGAAACACAAUUUUGAUGGCAUUGUGUUGGAGAUCUGGAGUCAGAUUCCCACACAGAAGCUGCUGGAUGCCUCUCCUGGCUUCAUUAGAGAGCUAUCCCAGGGCAUCCGCCUUGCUGGCUACACCUUCAUCCUGGUCAUCCCUCCUGCUGUGUACCAGAGUAACUCUCCAGGAUCCUUUGUGGAGAAACACUUCAGGGAGUUGGUGGAUGAUGUGGAUGCCUUCUCUCUCAUGACCUACGACUUCUCCAGCUUCCAGAGUCCAGGUCCAAACAGUCCCUUGUGGUGGGUGCGUGACUGUGUGGAGAGGCUGGUUCCUGAUGCAUCUUCACCUGAUCGCUCUAAGAUCCUGCUUGGUCUGAACCUGUACGGGCUGGACUACAGUGUGACGGGUGGUAACCACAUCCUUGGGCCGCAGUACAUUGACCUCCUGGCCACCUACAAGCCAAAGUUCAGUUAUGAUGAUGUCUCCAAGGAACACUUUUUUGAGUACAAAGCCAGGUCUGGGCGUCAUGUUGCCUUCUACCCAACCCUGCACUCGGUGGCCCUGCGAGUACAGCUGGCCAAUGACCUGGGCACUGGCAUCUCCCUGUGGGAAGUUGGCCAAGGCCUUGACUACUUCUAUGAUCUCCUAUGAGUGAAGCUUGUGUGCUGUUAAACAAUUGUUGUUUGCAAUUUUUGUGAGUUUUUUUCUUAUUUUUUAACUCAGUCUUCUUGAUAGUUUAGUAUGUUUGUGAUUUUCUACAAAGCACAGUAUGUAUUUAACACAAUUGCAUAGUCUACCUCUAUGUGCUCUUGUUUGCAAGUGACACAUUGAGAGUUAGGACAAAAUUGUUAUAUUGCUGAAUUGUGCUUGAAAACACUGCAGUGAUAAAAAAAUAUUGGAAAUUAGAAACAUUCCAUGCUAAAACUCAGAAAAUUACAGUAUCCUUUUAAAUAUUUUAUUCCCAACAUGAAGCAUUUGUUUAAGUUGUUUCUUGUUAUACUGGCUUUGUUUUUUGGGCAAUGGCUUAUUAGUGAAAUUUGGUUUUCAGUGGUAUUUGGUUGCUGUGCUUAAUUACUAUAUUUGAAUUUAGCCAUGUCAGUGCCUUGAGCUAACUGUUAAACUCCCUGUGGACUCAGCUGUGAUGUGAAGGUGUGGAGGCAGCACCACAAAGACCACCAUUAAACUCAAGGUGACAUUUCAACAAGUGUGGGGUUGGGAUAGUAUCUUUCCAGCUAAAUUGCUUGUUGACACAGGUCAGCAUGUGUCACCUGCUAUCUGCUCCCCAUACUUACACAGUUCAGAGCACCUUGUUUGUGGUCACACUUGGGUCCUGGGAACUCCAUACAGGUAUUUGAGUACUCUAUUCUCUUAUGGCAGUGGUUCCCAAAUUUUUCCUAUGUGAGUGCUACUUUGUGGUCCCAUACAGUCCCUGCGUACCACCUGGUUCCAGAAAAAAACCCUCAAUUCCAGCUAAUAUCAAUUUAUUCACAAGUAGAAUACUCAAGUCAACUAACAACAAGGAACACAACUCAAUUUAAUGUGAGAGAUGCUUCUGUUUCUCCUCCAUAAGCUGAUCAAUGCCAUAUUAUCAUGUGUAAGGCAGUAAUAACUUUUCUGAGAAAUUAAUGAAUUUAAUUUAACUAAAAAUUGCAUAUGAUCUUGAAAGUGCUCAUGUACCACCUGGAAGGCCUUCGUGUACCACUAAUGGUACACAUAUGACAGGCUGGGAAGCAUUGUCUUAGAGGGUCUUCCUACAUUAUUCAUUCCAUCUUUGUACUGUAUGACAUUGUCAUCCUACUUCCUUCUAUUCCUCCACAUGACUAAACUUUGAGACUAGUAUCAUCAUGCACGGUAGGCACGUCUUCUCUGAUUAAUGCACUCCACAGUAGCUUGUGGUGGAGGUUGUGUAAGGUCAACCACUGAAAGUGGCAGUGAAAAUGUAAUGAUUUCCAGAUAUUUGGUGUGAAGGCAAGAGUUAGAUUACCACACUUACCUGAAAUAUCUUAAGCUGAUUUGUAAGUACUAUUUAUAAAUAUUUCUUUCUCUA